GUGAAGGGGCGUGGCUGUGCUGGUGGUCGCUGUCCGUGGUACUGAAUCCGCGCGCUGACCGGACAGACCGAGAGAGAGCGCGAGAGAGUUCAGUAUCUCUGUCCGUCUCAUUAAGUCUGUGUCUUCCUCUUCAUCCUGUCGGAGUGAGUGUGUGUGUGUGUGUGUGAGUUUGUGUGUGUGAGUGAGUGUGUCUCCGUUACCGGGACACGGCGGCGCGGUCGGUGGAGCAGGAUAGCAGGAUGGAUACCAGGGUUCCGGUGUCUGUGCUCCGGUUUACGCUGCUGCUGCUGAUCCUCCACCUGAGCGCCGCAAGCACCAAACACGGCUGUCUCUUUGAGGAUGAUCUAUGUGAGCCACAUGAAGUUUGCAUCAAUGAUGCUGUGUUUGGUCAAUGUCAGCGAUUUCCUGUUUCAAUUCUUUACACUUACGACGCAUCUCCAGCGGCUCUGCAGCAUCUGAGGAACCUCCUUCAACAACUCGCUCAAGAAGGUUAUACAUGGCAAGAUGAUGCUACACAGCAGGUGAUUUCCAGAGAACUGCUAGCGUUGCCUAAAGUCCCCCUACGACGCCUCGGCAAAAACUUUCCUGCUUACAAGUUACGGGCUCAGUCUAGCCAUGGUGACAACAGGAAGUACCUACAGGAACUUGGCUUCUUACCUGCAGAUGUCACCACCUCCAAACAAGGACUUCAAGGCAAGUACAAAAUUAAAGGAAUGUCUGAUCUCCUGGAUUUGAUCAUAGAACCUAAAGCACGGCCACCUCCACGACCAUCCACCUCGCUCCUUCAGCCACGUCCAGGCCCCAAACACCAAUACUGGCCUGGACUUAAACCAGUGGACCGAACUGCGCUCCUGGACCAAAACGGGCUUCUCUCCGAGCUGCAGCAGUACCUGCAGUCAGAGCCAAAAGAACCACCUGCAGCUCCAUCUCAGAAGGAUCUCCAGCACUUCCAGCUUCAGCAUAGUUCUCCUGCCAAAGCAGGGAAAGUUCCAGGUGAUUUAAGGCGACCUCCUCGACCCAGAAUUGACAAACUCUUGUUUAGGUCAGGAGCAAACCGGCCAAAAACUCAAGACUCCCUCAGCUCAGUGGAUGAGAAGUUCAUCCAAGGUGUGGUGAAGAAGCUCGGACAGCAGAGCGUUAACAUGGACACCCUGAGCCUGAACGACCUUGACCAGCUUUCUGAGGUCAUCACUCAGGCCCUGCAGGUGGUAGAUGAUAGCGAAGGGGUCAAAGGUCGUGAGGUAACGGUAGAUGAUGAUGAUGAUAAUGAUGCAAUGAAGAAGGAGCCACAUGCACAAGGGCAGCUUAAAGAAAGAUCUAGACAGGAUCUCCCAGCCAAAGAUGGGCAGACUAAAGAAAGCAAGCCAGCAGCAGAGGGAAAGGAUAAAGUUUUUAUCAGUCAGCUCCUGGACUUCCUGGACAGGAACUCCAGUCCUGAGGCUACUGAUGAAACGUCCCUCCUGGACCCUCUCAGUCUCCCACAAACACCUGCAGGUCUGAAAUCAGCUGGAGUGGAGAUUGUUCAGAGUCGCACCACUCAGACCAGCGUGGACUUAACCAAGAAGAAGAUGGAGCCAGACACAGUGGAUCUGCACCUCACAGGAGAUGCCGAGGUGGAGCAGUGGCUGCGUGGUGAAGAUGACGUGGAUGCAGAUGCUCGGCGCAAGGAGAACCACACAGAGGAAGGGGAAGUGGAGAAGAAAGGUGGACAUGUGGAGAAAAAGUUCAGGGUGGAUGUGACGGCAUACUCCACCCCUCGGCGUGACGAAUACUUCGGCUACAUCAUCACACAGGACUCUCUUUCCACUGAUCAGGGUCUUAACCUGAUGGAAACCUUGGCUAAGAGAGCAAACCUGCGUGUAACCGACUUCCUCCAGCUCUCGGUUCUUGGUCCUGCUGUAACAUUCAGAGUGAAGCCCAACGCUGGGAACAUCACCACAGCACUGCUGGCCCGAGUGGCAGCUGAGCAAAAAGGCCAGUUGGAGAAGGAAAGCGGUGUGAAGAUUUUAGAAGCUGGACUGAGUGAUAGGUCCAAGCUAAAUCACAUCCCUGUGGUCAAGCAAAGCCGGCUGGAACCCAGCAACUUCCUGCUUCUGGUCCUGUUCUCCAUGACGUUUGGUGCCGUGGUGCUCGGCCUGUCAGGGGCGCUCUUCUGCAUGCGCCGCCGCUCCGGGUACGAACUGAAAGAGAAGCUGGUUGGCAUGGCAACAGACACCGGGAACGAUGCCACAACGACCUAUCAGGAUCUGUGUCGUCAGCGCAUGGCAGAGCGCAGUUCAGAUGUUUUCCAUCACACCACACACACGUCACGUAUCAACAGCGUGUCAUCACAGUUCAGUGACGGAGCGACUCAGAGUCCAUCAGCACGGAGCAGCACGUCAUCAUGGAGCGAAGAACCUGCACACAGCAACAUGGACAUCUCUACAGGACACAUGAUCCUGGCGUAUAUGGAGGAUCAUCUGCAGAAUCAGGAUCGUUUGGAGAAGGAGUGGGUAGCUCUGUGCGGUUAUCAGGCCGAGCCGGCCGUGUGUUCGUCAGCUCAGGAUAAAAACAACACCAAGAAGAACCGUCCCAACUGCGUGCUCACAUACGAUCACUCCAGAGUGAUGCUGAAGGCAGAGAAUAACCAGAGCGGCUCGGAUUACAUAAACGCCAGCCUCAUAAUGGACCAUGACCCUCGUAACCCCGCCUACAUCUCUGCACAGGGUCCUCUGUCAUCUACAGUGUCUGACUUCUGGCAGAUGGUGUGGGAGAGUGGCUGCGUGGUGAUCGUCAUGCUAACGCCGCUAUCAGAGAAUGGAACCAAACAAUGCCACCAGUACUGGCCGGACGAAGGGUCUGACCUGUACCACAUCUAUGAGGUCAACUUGGUGUCAGAGCACAUCUGGUGCGAGGACUUCCUGGUGCGCAGUUUCUACCUGAAGAACAUCCAGACCAAUGAGACGCGUACCGUAACACAGUUCCACUUCCUAUCCUGGAUGGAUCAGAAUGUUCCUGAGUCAGCUCGAACCCUGCUGGAUUUCCGUAGAAAGGUUAACAAGUGUUACAGGGGACGCUCGUGUCCCAUAAUCAUCCACUGCAGUGAUGGGUCAGGAAGAAGUGGGACAUACAUCCUGAUAGACAUGGUACUGAAUAAAAUGGCUAAAGGUGCUAAGGAGAUUGAUAUUGCUGCCACUCUGGAACACCUGAGAGAUCAGAGAGCAGUCAUGGUGCACACCAAGGAGCAGUUUGAGUUUGCGCUGACUGCUGUGGCUGAGGAGGUGAAUGCCAUCCUCAAAGCUCUGCCACAGUGACGAAGCUUCUACACACACACACACACACACACACACACACACACACACACACACACACAC